GUCCGUCCGCUCGAUGAAUGGGCCGCGACCCGCACCCAGUCCCUCCCCCUCUCAGCUCUCAAAGGGGCGGUUGUCGGUAUCGAUGCGUCGCACUACAUUUCUCAACACCUCCUCCAACCGUCCACGCGCGAGCCCCUUCUUGUCGCCCUCGGCGGCUUUCCAUUCGCACUGAAGAGCAACAUUGAAAGAGAACUGAAGGCCUACAAGGAUCUGGGCGUGGCUUGUAUUUUCGUGUUCAACGGUCUCGACUUUGGCAAGAAGGAUCAACGACCCCACGUGCAGCAGGAGUCCGUCCGGGCAUUCGAGCAGGCUUGGGAUCUUUACGAUCAACAGCAGGCGGACCAAGUGGUGGAUGCGUUCAGCAGCGCCGGCACCCCUCGACCCGAGUCGCUAUACCGGUUCUUGCAGCGCAUACUUCUUCAACAUGGCGUGGAUUAUAUCGUUGCUCCCUAUAGUGCUGCAGCCCAGCUCUCCUACCUGGCCAAGGGACCGAACCCGCUGAUCGAUGCUAUCUGUGGCCCCUCCGAAGUGUUGAUGUUCGACGUGGAUAAACUGAUCACCCGCAUUGAGAUUGACCCGGCGCAAUUUUUCUGGAUCAACAAACAGACAUGUCUGGAAGAACUAGGCCGCCUAUCAAAUGAUCAGUUCUUGGACUUUUGCCUUCUCUUGGGCUCUUCCUUCCUCCAGCCCUUCCCUGGUUUCGAAACCCAUGUCUUCCCCGGAAAGAACCCUACGGUCCGAGAUGCGCUGCCAAUGUUCAACGCGGCAGGACGAAGCGCUCUCGCUCUCUGCGCUCAAUUCGAAGAGGAUCGCCGGAUGCAGGAGCUCGAAUACACCGAUCGUUACAAGCGCGCAUGCAUGACUGUGAAACACCAUGUCUAUAUCGAUGUUGACGGCAGGGUGGGUCCUAUGGACCAGGAGAAUGCCUCGUCCGAUAUGCACGCCGUCAUCGGCCUGCGCCUCCCAGAAGAGCUUUACUUCUACUUGUCCAAGGGAAUUCUAGGCCCUGAUGUGCCCAACUAUUUGACGUCGGGUGAAGUCCUCAUCUCAUUGCCAUUGGGCGUUGAGGACACGGAAAUUUACCGCCAAGUUGCCGGCAGCACGCUCACACCCAUCCGGACUCAGUCGAUUUGCCUGCUAUCGAACUCCCUCCAUCGGUUCUAUCAGACCAAGGUUAUCAAUGGCUCGUGUGGACGCUUCCAAUUUGCUGUCCAGAGCUUGAAAGAUAGUGACUUUGUAGCGAAGUCCAAGGCUACAAAAGACACCAAGCAAUUAUCGUCACAAGAUGAGCUUCUUGCCAAUGUCUUCUGGCGCUUCCUACAGCUUCGCGGCUACAUUGAUGAGAAACAUCAGCUUACCCAGUGGGGUGUCUGCCUUGAGCAAGCAUUGUCGGGACUUGAUCCGGCGGAUGCGCUUGAGGAGCCAACAUUCCUUGCCAUUGAGAUGAUCCGGUUUGGCCUGCUCAACUCCAAGCAGUGGUUCUCCCAUGUUUCGGGAGGUCCUAUGAGAGGUUCAGACGAGGAUAAGAGCCUCAACAUGCUCGUUUCCCGCCUUGCUUGCAUCGCCAAACUCCAGCACAAGAGCAUCGGUUAUUCUGGACCACUAAGCCGGCAACUGCUCUGCUACCGAUCCCUGAUCUCCGAGGUUCGUUCUACGCUACGGACGCUCAUCGAGGUGGUUCUGGCCAGUCUGCUCCUGAGCGGCGAUGCUGACCGGGAGCGAAACGAUUGGGGCGAACUGAGCAUCAAGCUUCCGUUCAUCGACGACAACGACUGCGGUCUUGGAAUUGCUGUCCGUACCUACCUUGAUGAUCUGCCCUUGCAAGCGGAUCCCACAUCGCCAGAGGCGCGGGCAGAAGUGAAAUCGAAGGGCAAGGAAUGGUUCCAGCAUAGCGACAGCUUUACGGGAAACCUGGACAUGGCGUUCAAGCUGUGGGAUGCGGUAUACCGCGGUACGCAGAGCGCAGGCAAGGAACUCAAGGAGGGUAAGCAGUGGGAGGAUGCGAACCGCUGGUUGGCCGAGCGGCGGUAA